AUGAAACCAUCUAAACUGCAAGAUCAUCUGAGAAGGUGCGACCCUGAUAAAACAGAGAAAGAUUUGAAAUACUUUCAAACACUCAAAGAUACAUUUCAGAAGAGACCUACACUGGACAGAAUGUUCGCUUCGACGUCACAAAGAAAUGAUGAUGGUUUGCGGGCGUCUUACAAUAUCUCGUUACUUAUAGCAAAAUCCGGAAAACCGCAUACUAUCGGAGAGAAGUUAAUUUUGCCAGCCGUUGAAGAGGUUUUAAAAACUGUUUUACACAAACCUGCAUCUGAUAUCAUUAAAAGAAUUCCCUUAAGCAACAAUACUGUUGAAAGACGUAUUGAUGAAGUGAGUUCUGAUAUUGAAAGCUUCUUAUGUAAUUAUUUGCAAACGACCCAUUUCUCUAUACAACUGGACUAG